ACACCCGGUGGUGAACGCUGGUACGUCGAGAAAAUCGAACUGACCUAUAAUUCCAGUGACAAACACUUCGAGCACAUUGCUCAGCCAAACAAGACUAUUCGCUUAAGUACCGGUCAGAAACAUAGUUCUAUGCUAUUUCUCACACCGGUCGGAAAAUCGUACGCUUGUUCUGAAGAAACCGAGGUUCCGCUCACCGACGGCAAGAAUCAUGCCAGUGUACUUUUGAGAGAUAUGAAACUGCAGCCGUUCAAGUUCAAGAGCAACGAUUUCGCCGCUGAGUUUUCGUGCACUUCCCUGAGCGCACGGGCCAGCAGGGAUGAAACUGCGCCAGUUGCGGUCGGCUCCACGUUGGCCGCUGCGGUCCUCCUGACGAUCACCGGUUACGCGGCCUUCCGUUAUUUCAAGGUGAAAAAAGUCAAGUACGACACGAUGGAGUAAGGAAUACUCGGGAGGGGGGGGGGGGGAUCUCACUGUCGAUGCCAAAGAAGCACGUAUCGCCAAAGACCGACGUCGUUCGCGAGCGAACGACAAGUAGCUUUUCCGACACUUUCACUCGCUAGUCAUUUUUCUGGAAAAGAGAUAAUUUUUUUUUUCCCGAAAUUCAGGUAUUUCUUUCAGUCAUUUGUAUUAGUCGUGGACGUAAAA